AUGCAGGUGGCAAAGAACGGCAACGUUGUGAGACUGCGGAAUGUCAAGCGGAGUUUGAGCUUUUCCGAUCCGGAUGGUUACGACAUCUUAUGCUCCUUUAACCAGCAUGGAAGUGACGAGCCUGCCGUUCCUCCCCUGUGCGCCGCCGAGCUCCAAGAGGCGCUCAAUAUAGCGGAGGUGAAAGCCCUCGGACCGAAACAGAAGGUGGGAGAAGUUUUUGGAAAAGUCAAACUCAACGGUUCUGUGAGCAAGGUAGUGCCCGUCAACUGCUCAGAUUGUGAGCUUAAGGAAAUCGUUAUCAACGACGGGACUGGCGACAUGAAGGUGACCCUGUGGGACCCUUUUGCGAAUCCCAAAAAGGCCAUGAAAUCUUACGCCUUCAAAAAUCUGUGCACCCGGGACAGAGGGUACAUAUACCUGCGCACAGGCCCGUCCAGCGUCGUCGAGCCGAUUACCGAUUUUACCGAGUCGGAAGACAAGAGCGAAACUAGCCAGCAGGAAUCGAGGUCAACAGCGCUUUUGAGUGCCAAAGUGAAGGGCGUCGAAAUCACCAUCCAACGCCGGUGUCCCAGUUGCCGAGCCAGACAGACGGCGUUCAUUGAAAAGUCCGUGUUGCACCGGUGCAAGGGCUGCAGGCUGAAGCAGUCAUCGCUGGCCUUCGUUGCCUCCUUCUCGGGAAAGGCCAUAGUCGGGACGGACAACGGCGAAGUCAAUGUGGUCCUCAUCAGCUCGGCGCUGUCCAUCUACUUGCGGUGGGCCGCCCUGUGCAGUAUGUUGAACGACGCAGAGGCCAUCGAAAAUCACCUUCUGGUGUUACCCGGCCUAGACCUGACCAUCAAUGCUGAUUGGUUCCUUUUGUCUAUCCAACGAGCUGUUGAGCCACCUGCCCCUUCGGAGGAGACUUUAAAUAACUCUGAUGAAUUCCUUCAGGAGAUGCUGGAACUUGCUGAGGUUGCAGACCACCUGCCUCUUCACACACAGCCAGUGGUACUUCCAGCACCUGAAGAGACGUUGAGUGAGAAAAAAUGUGCCCUGCUGUGCUAAACAUUCGUUUGCAUGCUGCUGAUGGGAGCAGUGGUGUGUUGAGCUUCAGGGACAAAUUAAAAACUGCGGGCACUGACUUGAGUAUGUCCACUGAGGUAGAAGUGUUGGCCAGAUAGGCAUCCAACUGUUUUGUGGUUUCGUGGACAUUUCCCUUCAUAAGGCCAAAAAAGUCUUCCUCCUCAGAUCCAGAAUGGCUACCAGGUGAUGAUAAGGCUGACUCUUCCUCCAUGUGUGUCUUGAUGUA